AUGGGUCCCAUCUUCAAGCGGGCAGCUGUUGCUUGCCUCGUGGCGCUCUCUGGGCUCGAGCCAGCGACGGCAGCGACACCUCCGCAGUUUACAGUCCAUGAUGCAGGCGAAGAUGCGUACCUAUCCGUCAACUUGGCCCGCGUCGGCCAGAUGUCUGUGCGGAUAAGUCAACUGACGAAGGACGACGAACUCAUUGAAAGCGUACGGGGAACAUUGGCAGGGACGGAUGGUGAACGGACAGUCACUACGUGCGCGGACACCAUCUCAGAACUCAAGAAGCAGAAAAGUUUUGUCGCACAAUUCACAAAGGAGGACGACAGGAACUAUCGCCAAUCGGUGCAGGAAGCCCUUACUACGGGACUUAAACUUAUGGAAUCGUACCCUACAACAGAUGACGAAUGGAAGGAGCUCUGGAAGAAACCCGACGGCGUCAACCUUGCAAGCCUUCUCUGGUCUAACAGCACCAACAUUGGCUGCGCCGUUGGAAUAUGCACUGAAGGCACACAGGGUGACCGAACUACAACGAAGACAGCAUAUCUUUUUUGUCAGAUGGACCCUGCAGCGGAGGAGAACAAGGCUCCCUUUGACAAGGAGUAUUACGAAGCGCUCACUGCACGGAAAACUUUACUGACAGCAAUGACUGAGGAAGACCUCAAAACCCCUUCCAACGGCGCUGCACCCGUUGCCGUGCCCUCCCUUGUUCUAGCUGGCUUAACUGCCAUCGUGGCACUUGCCUCUGCAUAG